GGCAUCCAUUCAGGUACUGGCAGCCCGCAGCCCUGCCAAUAUGCCCCUCCACCAGAUAUCUAUAAUCCCAGCACGGGAGACCGCCUGCAAUGGGAGAAGUUCAAUGGGCAGAAACAAAGAGAAGAACAAGGAAGUUGAGAAUUUCAGAAAUUGAAAAGGGAUAAGAGGAAGGAGAAAAUGCUGGGCUGGUGUGAAGCGAUAGCCCGUAACCCUCACAGAAUCCCAAACAACACGCGAACACCCGAGGUCUCAGGGGAUUUGACUGAUGUCUCACAAACCUCCACACUGAAUGACAAAUCUCCUGGCAGAUCUGCUAGUCGAUCAAGUAAUAUUUCAAAAGCGAGCAGCCCAACAAUAGGAACAGCACCCAGGAGCCAAUCAAGGUUGUCGGUCUGUCCAUCUACUCAAGACAUCUGCAGGAUAUGUCACUGCGAAGGGGAUGAAGAGAGCCCCCUCAUCACGCCCUGUCGCUGCACGGGGACCCUGCGCUUUGUCCACCAAUCCUGCCUCCACCAGUGGAUCAAGAGCUCAGAUACACGCUGCUGUGAGCUCUGCAAGUAUGACUUCAUCAUGGAGACCAAGCUCAAACCCCUCCGGAAGUGGGAGAAACUCCAGAUGACCACCAGCGAGAGGAGGAAAAUAUUCUGCUCUGUCACAUUCCACGUCAUCGCCAUCACCUGUGUGGUUUGGUCCCUGUAUGUCUUGAUAGAUCGGACCGCGGAGGAGAUCAAGCAAGGCAAUGACAACGGUGUCCUUGAGUGGCCAUUUUGGACAAAACUGGUUGUAGUGGCCAUUGGCUUCACUGGAGGUCUCGUCUUCAUGUAUGUACAGUGUAAAGUCUACAUUCAGUUGUGGCGCAGGCUAAAGGCCUACAACCGUGUGAUCUUCGUGCAAAAUUGUCCAGACACUGCCAAAAAACUAGAGAAGAACUUCUCCUGCAAUGCCAACAUGGACAUCAAGGAUGCUGUGAUCGUGCCUGUAUUACAAACAGGUACAAAUCCGCCGCCCUCUGCAGAGGGCGGCCCACCUGAAGUCAUACCAGUGUGAUGGAAUCAGCCGGGAGUUUCCUUGUGGAAGUUUCUAGCCCUCAGCCACUACAAUGACAAAGUGAUCCUGAAUGACUAUCUCUUCUACCGACUUACUUUAACUUACUUUACUCACAAAAGAAAGGAGAGGAGGGAAAAACACACCAAAUGAUCAGGAUCUCUGGAACAAAGUCUAAAGUGAAAGAGGAAAGUGAAAAGUUUGUUUGAUAUUGAAUGAUUUCUAAAGACAAUUAAGAACCACUGGAGCAAGGAACGCUUUUAAGCAAUGAAGAAAGACUACAUGGACACAUACUUUUCACAGCAGCAGGAGGAAGUUCAAGAAUAUAGACUUGAGUUGCAGUGUGUGUUUCUUCUGGGGUCUUGUAAUGUUAACUAUCUCAUCUGGAAAUAACAUACUUGUUUUCAAGCUUAAAAUAUGUGCAGUAUCCCUAAGACAUGUUAGAAGGAACCUUGGAGGAUGCAUCUUUGGAUAUUCAUACUUUGGCAGUCAAUGAUUUUAAUGGCUAUAGUGGAGUCCAGUUGUUUUGACAGAUGCAUGUUGUUAAAAUAGAUGUAAUACACAUUUGAAGAUGCUACAGUCUAUGUUGAAACCAUGAACAAAAGAUUUUUCGAGACUGAUGAGCCCUGGUAAAUACCCAGAGUUGAAAAUAAUGAUUUUGUCCUCUAUGUUUUUUCUAAAAACAGCACUGUCCACUGAAAAAUGAGACACAAAUGCUGAUCAUGUGUGUAUAUUUUAAAUUUUCUAGUAGAAAGUAAAAAAAGAUAAAAUUUUAAUAAAUUUUAACACUAUCCACGUUAUUGUUUCAACACAUCAGCUACAUAAAAAAAUGAAAUACUUCCAAUCACUUUAUUUUUCUUGUACCACAUAUCUGGUGGCUUUUGCAGGCUAUUCCCAGCGUGGUGCUUAAUGACAGAGAGGCACCAUGGCUCUAACCUGGACUCCAGCUUGCAAAGCAUGUGCUCCACCCAGCCCUUUGAGCCAUCUCCCUGGCCCCACAAACUUUUUUUAUGAACCAAAUCUUCAAAUUCCACUAUGUAUUUUAUCCUUCUAGGAUCUCUCAAUUUGAGUUAAUCAUAUUGAAUAGCAUGUCCCUAAAAACUAGCAACCAAGACAUUUUAGUUGAGUAUUUACUUAAUUUGAAUAUUUAUUAAAAAUAAUAUUUUAAUUCAAAGGCUCACACAUGCUAUGAUUUGACAUAGCACUAAAAUGAUCAAAUUUAACGUUGAUUAAAGGGUUAGAAAUAAAUGAUUUCCUUAAAGGGUGAGAAACGAAAAUACGAAAGGGAAUCAGAGGUGGGGAGAAAGAAAAGAAAAUGUGUGGUGAAGUUCUGAUAUAUAUUCACUUUGGUUUGCUAGUAUAGAGCACCUAUGACAGGGAAAAUAAAACUUAAAUAUUUUGUUGUUAAUGUGUAAGGUUGUUUUUUUUUUUUUAAAAAUCUACAUGGUGUCAACUUUACAGAUGAGAAAUCACAGUAAGCAUUUUGACUUUUAAAAAGCUGCCAGUCUUUUCCUUGCCCAGCUGGGAAGCAAAGAAAUACUCAACAGAUUCUCUGAUAAGUAAUAAAUUGAGUUGUUUAGGUUUGACAGUUCAGUUGAUUAUUGUGUUCUUUGCAUAUUCAUGUAAAACAGAAGCGUGAAUGAUACUGCAGUGAGCUAGAUUAAAGACUUUAGAUAUAGUGACCUGUCAAAGAAAGAUGUCUUACAAUGAAAACAGGUGGUUUAUUUUUGUUAGCUGUCAUAUUUAUUAUUGUGAAAAGACAACCAUGAUGAUGGCCGUAAGAACCAAAGCAUGGGUAUCGCGUCGCACAGACCUGAAUUUCAAUUGAUGCACUUUUGUAAUUAUCUGUGUGCUUGUUCUUCAAAAAUUAUCAUAGGAAAAAGAAAUAACCUGUAAUGAGGAGAGAAGUAACAUGUUAGUAGUGGUUGACACCAAGUCCAAGUAGUCCCGAUUUGUAGAGAUAAAGACGAGGUAAACAAUGUCAACUUUGUGUAUGUGUGUGUGGCAUGGGUGUGAAUUCAUGUAUAUACACAAGGAAUGUCAUGGUUCUGUCAGUUGGGAAAAAAAAGGCUUAAAACUCAUCUUUCUUAAAACGUGGAGGGCCAUGGAAUAGUCAUAGGAAACAAAAUGGAGGGAAUUAAUCUGCGGCCAAUAUUUCUGUGCAAAUAAAAGACAAACGUGGCGUUAAAAAAAAAUGACAUACUUCAAUAAAUUAAACCUUGCAUUAAAUUCAUUUUAGAUGUUCGUUUUUAAAAGGUCAUUAGAAAAAUUUACUUACGGAUAAAAAAGUUUUGGGUGACUUAACAUCACCUCACCCAAAAGAUUGAACUUGACUUCUCUGCAAUUUUUCUAAGCAUUGAAUUAAUCUAUUUCUCCUGUUGUUUAGCAAUGGCAACAGUCACCAGCAAACAAAAAAAUAUUGAUUUCCCUUCUGUUUGGCCUAGAAGAAAAAGGAUUACCUACCUUAAUUACCACCCAAAAUAGUCUGAAUUCUGUAUAAACCUUAAGCGAGAUUAAGUGUAUAGAUCAUUUCAUGGUGAGAAGUGAUUGGCUAAAAUCAGGCCGCCUUUAUUAGUCUACAACCCAAUACUAAAAAAAACAUUUUUAGAAUGAAAAAUAAAGGCAAGCACUAGCACAAUGCCCACAAAAGAGGAUGUGUUAUUUUAAAACAAGAUCUAAAUUUGCAAUGAACAUUAACCGGGUUUGAUGAGUAAGAGAAUAUUGUCCCAAGUAGUUAAAAAGUCAGAUUCUGUUAUUCUUUCCUGACCUUUUAAAACCCUAACUUUUGAGUGGAAAUCUUUUUUUAAAAGUCUUCCUACAAUGCCAGUUUAAGGGUCAAACUCUGUGCAUUUAUUGUACCUUCUUUGCACAAUACACGAUGUGGGGCAGGGGCAAGGCUUUAUGGCAUGUCUUUGUAGACUGGAUGUAAUCCUCAAGAAGAAAAACUGCUCCCUGAAAUGACAAACGUUUCAAAGUAUGCUUGCCUGCUUGUGUGAGACAUAAAAUGAAGCUGAAAGAAAAGAUUCAAAUUGAAAAACGAACUGAGAGUUCACUUAAAAACCUUAAUUUUAUAACAUGAAUCUGACUACUAGUACCGUGCUGCACAGUAGUUAUGUGUUAGUUUUUUAACUAAAAACUAUCACUCUCAUUGUGUAGGACCAAAAACUUAAAUAUCAAAUGGAUGGAACUCCAAAAUUUAAAAAAAAAAUAUCAUUCAAAAUGGCCUUAAGUUUAAAUACAAAAACAACAAAAAUGGGAGGGGAGGAAAGACUUGGAAUCAAAAUGGUCUCAUCAGCAAUGGAGAAAGUGAAGACAGGAAUAUGCCAGAGUCUUUUCAAAAUGCUCCAGGACUGGGCCAAGAGGAAGAAUAUAGGGGGAAGAAGGUUUCCUUGCAUACAGCCAACCCCGGUUCAAUCCCCAGCUCCCUGAGUGAUCACCACUAGGAAUGAUCCCUGAGUACAGGACCAGGAGUAAGCACUGAGCACAGCAGGGUGUGAUCCAACAACAAAACUAACAAAAAUAUCAAAGUGCUCUAUGAUUAAAUCUCAGCGAGAACGGAUACUACAUACGGUUACGGUCCAGAGAGAGACCCUCAUAAUUAUACAUUCAUCUUGUUUUGCAAAAGGUUCUUAGGUACAUUUACUCUUGGCUAGAAAUUUGGCUCAUGAUUCAUUAAUGUAUUUUAGCUGACACUGGGGUAAGGUAGGAGAUUAUCCCAUCUGCCUUACAUAGGUUACCUUUCCUUGCCAAUGAAUAUUUUGGACUAAAAAAAUGCUCCAAAAAAAUCAUCAUUACUACAAUUGUUAGAAAAUAACAGUGUUAGACUUAAACACACUUUAAUUAAGAAAGAUGAAGACCUUUUUUUCCUGUCUGUAAAUCAACCCAAAGGUGCUAUUUUACAUAUCAAUACAAUUGAAAGGAAGUACUGUUAUUUUGGGCUACAGUGUUUUUUUCCUCUGCAGCUGAAGAAAGCCCAUUUUGAAAUUGGAUAUUGUGUUACAACAAAACAAGGAAAAUUUAUUUUAACUGUGUGCAAUUUUUUGAGAUGAACAUUUGUACUCUUUUUGGCUUUACCUAAUUCUCUUGCAUUAAUAAUUUACUGUUUUGUGAAUAAUGUGUACUAAGACAAAUUAAGGAAAAGAAAAUAAUUAUCUGUGAAAGACUUUGUAUAUUAAAAAGUGAUUCAAACCUC